UUAGUUGACACAUUUGCAUCAACCCUUAAAAGCUGCCAGCUUAAGAGCUGCCAAGAUUCCAUCCCUGAUGACACAACUCCCCUCUUUCUUCCCCUAUGCUGCAUUUCUUCUUGUGCUUGUUCUUAGAAUUGCUAGAGUUCUUUUCUUGGUAUGGUUUCCAAAUUAAUGCAAGUGAUGGCCUUGGUUUUGGUUCUCAUUUUUGGUUUUUUCAUUGGGAUUUCAAAAGCUCAACUGAGUGUGGGAUUUUACACUGAAACAUGCCCAGAUGCUGAGUCUAUUGUCGGUGCAACUGUUCGAGAUGCAGCUCUGUCCAACCCCAAUAUUCUAGCAGUCUUGCUUAGGCUCCACUUUCAUGACUGCUAUGUUCAGGGCUGUGAUGGCUCAAUUCUCAUUGACAAUGAUCCUGAUGCUGAGAAGCAUGCAUUUGGCCACCAAGGUGUUGGAGGCUAUGAAGUGAUAGAAAUUGCAAAGGAAAAGCUGGAAUCCCAAUGUCCGGGUGUGGUUUCUUGUGCAGAUAUCGUGGCAUUAGCUGCUCGAGAUGCUGUGGCCCUGGCCAAUGGACCGGCAUACCAGGUUCCCACAGGCCGAAGAGAUGGCCGUGUCUCCAACAUUUCACUGGCAGCUGAUAUGCCUGAUGUGAGUGACUCAAUUCAACAGCUGAAAUCUAAGUUUUUAGACAGGGGUCUCUCAGAAAAAGACCUUGUGCUCCUCAGUGCUGCACAUACCAUUGGAACCACAGCAUGCUUCUUCAUGACAGACCGGCUGUACAACUUUUUUCCGGGUGGGGGAUCCGAUCCAUCUAUCAGCCCUGAAUUCCUCCCAGAGCUAAAAGCAAAGUGCCCUCAGGAUGGUGAUGUUAAUGUUCGGUUACCAAUGGACCAGGGAAGUGGGGAGACAUUUGACAAAAAGAUUCUGGAAAACAUUAGGGGUGGAUUUGCUGUGCUGCAGUCAGAUGCUAGUCUUAUGGAGGAUGAAGCAACUAAGAGCGUAAUAGACUCCUACUUCGGCCCCCUAAACUCACAAUUUGGACCAUCUUUUGAGGAAGAUUUUGUUAACUCAAUGGUGAAAAUGGGCCAGAUCGGUGUGGAGACAGGUUCUGAUGGGGAGAUCAGGCGAGUUUGCGGAGCCUUUAAUUGAAUUUCUAUGUUUAAUGUACCAUUCUCCCUAGCUAGUUCAUCAUAUAUAUACUCAUAGAAUUCCGAAUUUCAAUUCUAUGGAAUGUUGAAAUAUACAGAAAUAGUUAUUCCUAUUCCACUGUUUCA